GCGGGAGGACUGUGUAUCAAGGGCAUUGGCCUAUGAACGUCAGGGACGGUAUGAAGGUGUGGUUUGGGAAGUGAGGGGGAUCAUUGGAAAGGUGACUGGAAAGGAGCCUCUGGAUUCACAAGAGCGGCGCCUCCUCAUGCUUGCUGUAGUGUGGAUUGUUGAUGAGCUGCUCCCUGUCGUCAUUGAUCCUACGGAGGCAGAAAAAGAAGCUUGGAUCCAUCAUGACUAUCCAUUGCUCAUGGGGCUUAUCUCUGAAGAACCCAAAGAUCAGCAGAGCAGGUCCAGGCUCCGCCGGUUGGAGGAUAUGGGUAAAAACCAGUGGGGAUGGGAGCAGAAAUUCUCCCAACACUCCAAAGGUAUUCAAGCGGCAAAAUCACUCAAGUUGUGUCCUGCAAGCAUCGUUUAUCUUUCGCUGGAGUUUCAGUUGUCAAAGCUCCGAAUCGUACAUCAUAAUGAGAGAAAUAGCCCCUUGGGAGCCAUUGGCAAGGCCAUUGGCCAAGCACAGCAAAGUCUCAAGAAGGGUGAGUGUAUUGAAGAGGAGGAGCUUAUUCACUGCUACAUCAGCGGCAUCAUCAAGCACCUGAAGAAGUGGACACCGAACCCAGCUUCAUACAUGCCAAGGCCUGCCAGUGAAAGACUCAAGAGCAUGUUUCCUUCCUACGGCAAAUUGAAACCUCCACCGCCACCUCCUCCCCCCCGUAAUCCUCCUCCUGCAGCAGCGUCGUUUCCUUUCAGACCUCUUCACUCCCACCCUCGAUCCUGAUGACAAAGCCAACACUCUACGGCAAAUCGAAACC